CGGCGGUGAGCGGAGGUCGGUGGCCGCGCCGCAGCGCUCCGACCAGGACGGGAGCAGCAGCCAGUGCUUGCCAGCGAUCGACCCGGCCCGGCCGGCCCCGGCGGCCGCCAUGCUGCGCAAGUUCCGCCACCACACGUGCAAGAUCGUGCUGGCCACGUCGCUGGUCUGGCUGCUGGUGGACGUGCUAGUGCUCAUGUACUACGCGGACAACAUGGGCGUGCGCGGCGCGCGCAGCACGGACGGCGAGCCGGAGCGCGGCGGCGGCAAGCGCGAGGCGCUGGCCCUCUCGCACACGGUGAACAGUCUGGCUUACGACCGGGCGCAGCUGGUGCGCUGGGAGCUGGCGCCGGUCGUGGCCGAGAAGCCGGGCCAGCCGGGCGAAAUGGGCCGGCCCGUGCGCAUCCCGCACGACCAGGACGACAAAGUGAAGGAGAAGUUCAAGGAGAAUCAGUUCAACCUGAUGGCCAGCGACAUGAUCUCGCUGAACCGGUCGCUGCCCGACGUCCGCCUGGAGGGGUGUCGCAGUAAGAAGUACCCUCCGCUUCUGCCCACUGCCAGCAUCGUCAUCGUCUUCCACAACGAGGCGUGGACCACGCUGCUGCGCACCAUCUGGUCCAUCAUCAACCGGUCGCCGCGCGCCCUCGUCAAGGAGAUCAUCCUGGUGGACGACGCCAGCGAGCGAGACUUCCUGGGCGCCCAGCUGGAGAACUACGUGUCCCGCCUGCCGGUGCCGGUGGAGGUGCUGCGCACGGGCACGCGCUCCGGCCUCAUCCGCGCCCGCCUGCUGGGCGCCAAGCGCGCGCGCGGCCAGGUCAUCACGUUCCUGGACGCCCACUGCGAGUGCACCGAGGGCUGGCUGGACCCCAUGCUGGCGCGCAUCGCCGAGAACAGGAAGACCGUCGUGUGCCCCAUCAUUGACGUCAUCUCGGACAACACGUUCGAGUACGUCACCGCCUCGGACAUGACGUGGGGCGGCUUCAACUGGAAGCUCAACUUCCGAUGGUACCGCGUGCCACAACGGGAGAUGGACCGGCGGAACGGAGACCGGACGUCGCCGCUCCGCACGCCCACCAUGGCUGGCGGCCUGUUCUCCAUUGACAGGGACUACUUCUACGAGGUCGGCUCGUACGACGAGGGCAUGGACAUCUGGGGCGGCGAGAAUCUGGAGAUGUCGUUCCGGGUGUGGAUGUGCGGCGGCACGCUGGAGAUCGCGCCCUGCUCCCACGUGGGGCACAUCUUCCGCAAGUCGACGCCCUACUCGUUCCCGGGCGGCACGUCGCGGAUCGUGAACCACAACAAUGCGCGCCUGGCGGAGGUCUGGCUGGACGAGUGGAAGGAGUUCUAUUUUGCUAUUAACCCAGGGGCCCGUAAUGUCGAGAUGGGCGACGUGACGGAGCGUCUGGAGCUGCGCAAGCGGCUGCAGUGCAAGUCGUUCCGCUGGUACCUGGAGAAGAUCUACCCGGAGUCGCAGAUGCCUCUCGACUACUACUACCUGGGGGAGAUCCGAAACGUCGACACGCAGCAAUGUCUAGACACGAUGGGCCGGAAGGGCAGCGAGCCGGUGGGAGCCGGCUUCUGCCACGGCCUGGGCGGAAAUCAGGUGUUCGCCUACACUAAGCGUGGCCAGAUUAUGUCGGACGACAACUGUCUGGACGCGGCCAGCGGUGACAGUCCCGUCAAGAUGGUGCGCUGCCACGGCAUGGGCGGUAACCAGCACUGGAAGUACGACACGACGGCCAUGAGCAUCGUGCACAUCAACUCGGGUCGGUGCAUGCAGCACCUGCGCGCCGACAACGGCCGGCUGUCGCUGCAGGACUGUGACCGGCACGACUCGGCGCAGAAGUGGGUGAUGAAGAGCAAGUUCCGCUGGCAGGCGAACUGAGGCCGCGGCCGCCUGUGAUAGCGCCGGUCCGGCCCCGCCGGCACGUGCAAUGCCAAAGGCGCGCGCGCUAGAGCCGAGUCCUCCCCGCCAUUCCAGAGUGCGCGCCGCGCCGCAGCGUCGAGUGUCUGUGUAUUUAUUUGUUGACUGGCGUGGGGAGCGGACUGACGGCGGUGCGAUGAGAUGCGGGCCGGGCGGCCGGUGCCGCCCGCUCGGUGUGGAGUAUGGUGUGGGGCCGAGCGGCAUUCGCGCGCCUGCCGCCCCCGGCGCGGGAUGCCCCACCCCUCCCCUCCGACGGCCGUGGUGUGACGUCAGAUGACGGUGACCCGUCGGUCGGCUCAGUGACCCCGUGCUGCACAUAUCCUGCAAUCCAGCAGUCCGGCCCCUCCGCAAGGUGCCAAAGGGACCCCGCCGGCUAUGCUAGGUAGUGCCAUGAUGCGUAGACGCUCGACCCUGGACAGGACAGGGUUCGGCUGCAGACGCUGGUGGGCGCAGCGUCCGCCGGGCUGCCCGCCUGAAGACACAACACACAUGCUCUUCCUCGCUGCGUUUUUUCAGAGUGCUGGUGGGGUUGGGACUUCUGGGUCCUCUCAUUCCGGAGAUUCCGCAAAGAUGUAUACUCACUUCAGUAUUUGACGCAAUAGUUUUCUGAAUGUGGUGUCAUGAAGACGCGCGAGUACCUCCUCAUUGUUGUCUAGGUUUGUCGUUCUGGGAGUUUGCGUGCGUUGCGAACGGAGCCAUUUGAAGUUUCUUGCUUUCGUCUGCUCCGUUGUGUUCGUCUGAUGUGCCAUGGUCUCAUGUAUCGUUCUCCGUCUCUCUGUCCUGUGGUAAAUUUCACAAGUGCCUGGCUGUGUUACGUGACGAGAAAUACAGGUUUCUUUGCAAGCCCUUA